AUGGCGGCGCGCGAGAGCCAGGGCGACCCGCACCGCCGGGAGCCUGGCCAGCGCCGCCCCAUGUGCGCCGUCUGCACCAAGCCCCUCCGCGUCUGCCUCUGCGGCCGCCUCCGCGGCCCCCCGCUGGACACCACCGUCGGCGUCACCGUGCUGCAGCACACCAUGGAGGUCCAGCACCCGCUCAGCUCCAUCCGCGUUGCCCGCCUCGGCCUCCGCAACCUCGUCGUCACCCAGGUCACCGACGUCAACCACCGCGCCAGCUUCCUCCUCAGGACGCUCGGCGGCGCCGCGGCCUCGAAUCUUGCAGACGGAGAAACUGAUCUUGCCGCCGCCCAUGCCGGAAGUCAUGACGGUUCCGUUGUUCCUCGGCAGACUGGCAUGCCAGAUGGUGAUAUUUUGGUGUCUGGCCAAGGCAAAAGAUUGAAUCAUGCAAAGUCCGGUGAUCUUGGAAAUAUGGGGAUCAGUCCUUGCAGUGGUCAUUUGGGUGUGGAAGAUGCCAGUGUUGCAAUCUCUAGGCAAGUUACUGGUGAAGGGUUGGAUAAUGGGGACAUAAGCAAUGGUGUUUCCUCUGACUUGGAUACACAAGUUGCUGGCAGCGUUGAGUGUGACUCUAAUGGCGUUGAGUGUUUCAGAUUCGAGAAGGCGAGAAGAAAUGAGCACGCUGGAGAUUUUGAAAGGCCAGCCUCUGCGGCAAAUCAGUCUGAAGGCUAUGUAGUCAAUGAUGUUAAGGGUGAAGGCCAACACAGAAGUGAGACAGGUGAGACAAAUAAGGUACAUGCUGAUCUGCCUCACCCUUUAGUUGAAACUGCCCCAGUUAAUGGUAUAUGCUCUGAAAAUGUUGAAGUCGCUGCUGCUACUACUGGAGAAGGUUGGACGGUGGAAACUAUGGAGAAGUGCUCUGUUGCUUAUACAGAAAAAGAACUCAGGAUUGACAUUGAGCGCGGCGUAAAGCCCAAAAUCAGAUGGUUGUCCAGAGGUUCUGUUGGUAAAGGAGCUGUCUCCAACGGCUUUACUGUCAUGAAAAUACAAAAGAACAAGUCCAGACGCACAGGUGAAGUCUCGGAGUUUGAGGAAUUCUCCAUCACCAUACCCCCACAUGCAGCUCUGCUAUUUCCAUGCCAGCGUGCAAUCAGCCUUGAUGCUUUAGAUUGUCAGGUGAAACAUUUGAUUGUGUUGGAUGGCACCUGGGCAAAGGCACAGCGGAUGUACCAUGAGAAUCCAUGGCUACAACUUCUACCACACGUGAAGCUAGAAUCAGAUAAGCUUAGCUUGUACAGCGAGGUGAGGCAGGAGCCAAAGGCUGGGUGCUUGUCGACCAUUGAAAGCAUGGUUAUCGCCAUGAAAAAACUUGGAGAGGAUGAGAUGGGUUUGGAUGAUGUUCUGUCUGUUUUUGAGUCAAUGAUUACUGAUCAGCGGCGUUUCAAGGAAGAGAACUGGAAACCAAAACUAAAGUCAUAGUAUUGGCUCCUACUGUUUUGAUCUAAUUUUUGACCGGUGUUUUGAUCUAAUUUUUGUUGGCUGACUUCUGGAUGCAUUUUCAGUCCAGAUGUUUUCUGUAUCAUCAUUUCAUACUGAGUGAUUAAACUGGCCAGCAUUUCUGGACAGUGUUUUUGUUCGCCUCCACUUUCAGAGCUGCAAGGACGGAGCAUAUAUCAUCCCUGUUUUCAGUGUAACUAUUUCCCCAUAACCACUGAGCUGGUGUGUAUUUGAUGACUCUGAACAUGAUGAGUUUGUUCCUCCUUCAUGCAACUAUUAGUUGGAUAAAAUCAAAGAAUUACCACUGAAGAGAUGAGUGUUUGGUGUUAAAAAGAGAGUCAGUUUCCUGCAAUGAAUCAGUUUUUCUUGACGAUAUCUACAAACUUUCAUGUCAACAAAGCCAAGAGUAAAGUGCUUAUAUUCCUCUCCACAUCUUCAAUUUUUUGGUGGAAACAUGUACUAUUAUCGUGUAUACUCUACUAUCACUCUCUUCCACAUCUGCUUUAUGCGUCUCGACAUAUUAUUUCAGUUGGUUUCA